AUGACUGAACUUCGGUCCGGGCUGGGGAGGUGCGACAAAGUUCCGACGGAGCAAGAGCCCAUCCGGAUCACCCCACGGUGGUCAGGCAGCGUGGCCCCCGACCCCUGCAUCUGCUCAACCAACAAACCGGACCAAAAAAGAAUAUCGACGAACCGGUUGAAUCAAAGCCCCGCAACAACCAUGCCAGACAACGCUAACCCUAUCCUGAAGUCGAACUCGGCACAAUCAAAGCCAGCCACCUCAGCCCUAUCCCAACCAUCAUCCGUGUCGACAGACCGACAGAGGAGGACGUUCUUGAGUCGAGUACAGCAAGCAUCCGUCCAGGAGGACCCAUACUAUCUUGAUUCGGUUGACCUACUGGACGAAGAGGAUUCUGAGGAAGGUCGAGAGAAAGCCAAUGCGAAUGGCGGCAAAGCCGAAGAAGAAGAAGAGAGGAUCAACUCCGAGGAGAUUUUUGACCUUAUUCGCUCGAUCACCGAUCCCGAACACCCUCUCACGCUCGAAGACCUCUCCGUCGUCUCGCCCGACCAAAUCACCGUCUCCUAUCCCCUCGACGAUCCUGAUCGAUCUGACAGCCCUCACGUCAUGGUCCGGUUCACACCCACCAUCCCUCAUUGCUCCAUGGCCACCCUCAUCGGUUUGACUUUGAGGGUUCGUUUAUUACGCUCCCUACCUGAACGAUUCAAAGUGGACAUCAAGAUUAAAGAAGGUACACAUCAAUCGGAGAAUUCGGUCAACAAACAAUUGAACGAUAAGGAACGAGUCGCAGCUGCCCUCGAAAAUAACCAUCUGUUGGGUGUCGUGCAACAGUGCUUGAGCACCGCCCAUCUUCGUGGCGCCAAACCUGGAACCAAUUAG